CCGACGCCCGUUACAGCAGCGCCGAUCCAAGAAGGCGUCGCCACACUACCCCCCUCCAACCUGCCGCUACAAAAGAUAAGCGGCCCGCCAAUAGCGGUCUGUAGCGCGACCUUCGUCGCCAUGGCAACAGGCUGGCGAGCCACCCGAUUGGCCGCUCCGUUGCUAUGGCGAUUUCCCCCUCCGGCUACCCAGUAUUUGACUAUCCAGCGCUCUGGGUACUUCAGACUAGCUUGUAGUAUCUAAGUAAACAGGCUGCGAGAGGUAUUUGUUUUUCCAAUCAGUGUAGGUUUUGGAAUACCUAAAGUGUUAAGUUGUUUGUGAAUUUGAUCGUGAUGUAAACAAUGAAACAAACCCAGAGUUUGAGUUAGAAUCAAUUGAUACAGUGUGGGACCCUUUCGCAAACACAUACGACCCCCCGCGCGCGCGAGUGUGUACCCCAAUACCAGUGCAAUAAGGUAAAGUGCAAUAUGUUAACCCAGAAACUGUACCCGGACGUGAACCCGAUGAGUACCAGUACCAACGCCAUGUCUCCCAUGACGCCUACCUACUCCAUGAACUCCAUGGCCAUGGCCCAGAUGAACUGUUCCCCCCAAGCUCCCACCAUGUUCGGAUCCACCAUGCUCAACACCGGAAUGUCGGGCAGCAUAGCUCCCAUGAACAGGAUACAGUCCAGGAUGGACCAGCCCAUGAACGACGGUCCCCAGCUGGGUUACACAACCAUAGGCUCCCCCAUAUCGAACAUGAACGCUUGUAUGGGCGCCACAAUGUCUUCAAUCAACAAUUACAACGCGUCGAUAGGUCGUGGGGACUUGGGCGGAGGCGAUACCUCUCCAAACAGCGCCCUACAAAGAGCUCGAUCGGACAAACCUUACAGGAGAUCCUACACUCAUGCCAAGCCACCUUACAGCUACAUCUCCCUUAUCACCAUGGCUAUACAGAACAGCCCACAGAAGAUGCUAACGCUGUCCGAAAUCUACCAGUUCAUAAUGGACUUGUUCCCGUUUUACAGACAGAACCAGCAACGGUGGCAGAACUCUAUAAGGCACUCGCUAAGCUUCAACGAUUGCUUCAUCAAGGUGCCAAGGACUCCCGACAAGCCUGGUAAAGGUUCCUUCUGGAGCCUGCAUCCAGAGUCCGGCAACAUGUUUGAGAACGGUUGCUAUUUGCGGCGCCAGAAGCGCUUCAAAGACGACAAGAAAGAAGUGGUGAGGUCGUCGCAUAAAAGCCCCUCGCACAGCGCUGAUAGUAGCAGCAGCGGUAAGAAAACGCCGCUGCAGCACAACGACGACCUAGCUAAAGCCCACCACCUGGACAAAGUCAACGACAACUUGGGUCCGAUGCUCAAUCUGCAUCCCAGCAAGCUGGACGUGGACCAGAUGAACAUUCUCAACGCUAACGAGCUGCACAACAUGCAGCAACAUCAUCACCAUCACCACCAGAACAUGACGCACGAAGAGCUGUCGGCUAUGAUAAACAGGAAUAGCCAUUUGGCGUUGACUGAUCACCACAAUAUGCUGCACCAUGCGCCUAUGAAUCACCACCUGAAGCAGGAACCUAAUGGAUACACCCCCUCGAAUCAUCCGUUUUCCAUAACCAGGCUUUUGCCUACGGAGAGCAAAUCGGAUAUCAAGAUGUACGCUGAUAUGCAGUACGCUGGGUAUAAUACGUUGAGUCCGCUGCCCAAUUCCAUACAUUCGCAUACGUCUUUAGGUAACGAUUAUUACAAUAGUCCUUCCUUGUAUCAUAGUUCAACUGGGACGACGUCCUUGUGACAGUAUCCCUUGGCUUAAGGGUGGUCUCGAAUAUUUUUUCUUAUUGUUUUGUGCACUAUUAUGUUGUGGCGGUGCUUGCAGGAUCUGAUUUGGUCCUAAAUGUAUAUCUCACUCUUUGGAAAAAUACUAAACAGAACUAUAGGGUUUUUGGAUGUAUUUUCUUUUCAUCGGAUUAUGGAUCUUGGAAGCAACGCAUUCAUAAUUUUAAUGAGUGCUAUUAUAAUGUAAAAUUGUAAAUAGUUUUUUCUAUACGAAACAUUGUAUGGUGUAUUUGUGCAAUUUAAAU